AUGUCCGACGAAAGGAAGUCUGAACUGUUUGAAAAGGUCGAUGCGUCAUCCAUUAUUCAUGAUGUCGAGCCCGAACUCGGCAUCAGCGAGCCCGUGAAUGCUCUCCAGAGGUUCGCGAACAAGCUGGAUGCUGUCUGCGGUGUUGAGGCCCGUGGUAUCGAGAGGAUACCAGAGGAACUGCGAGAACGAGCCAUGACGUAUCGCGACUACAUUCACAUGUUCACCAUUUGGUUCUCCAUGAACUGCACAGCAAAUCAGCUCACAUUGGGUGUACUCGGGCCCGUUAGUUAUAACUUGGGUCUUACAGACUCCCUCAUUCUAUGUCUCUUUGGCACAAUCUUCGGAUCCGUUUGCACAGGGUACAUAUCAACAUUCGGGCCACGCUCUGGACUACGAACCCUGAACGUCGCCAAGUACACAAUGGGCUGGUGGCCAUCGAAACUCUGCGUGAUACUCAAUCUCUGCAUUGAGAUCGGAUACGGACUAAUCGACUGUUUGGUGGGUGGCCUGCUCUUAUCUGCUGUAAAUGGUGGAGGCAUGUCCGUCGUCGUUGGUAUCAUCAUCGUAGCGCUUAUAACCUGGGUCGUGGUUACUUUUGGUAUAAAGUGGUUUUACAAGUUCGAACAAUUCGUAUGGGCGCCCACCGUCCUCGUACUCUUCGUCCUUAUUGGCGUUGCAGGCCCGCAUUUCGAUACCUCGCUCCGCUCAAGCGGAACCGGCGCUGUUCUCCACGGGAAUCGGGUCUCCUACUUCUUCCUCGUCGCCUCCGGUCCACUAAGCUGGUCUUCCGCAUCCGCCGACUACGUUGUCUACUACCCAAAAAGCACAAACCGUUGGCUCACGUUCGCUGCCACAACCUGUGGCAUCACAUGCGGCAAGCUGCUCAUUGAGUUCCUGGGUAUCGGUCUCGGCUCUGGGUUGCUGAAGAACUCUACGUGGCAGGAAUCCUUCGAUUCGGAUGGCAUCGGCGCACUAGUUGUAGAGGCAUAUCGCCCACUGAAUGGUUUCGGAAGCUUCUGCUGCAUCAUCUUGGCUGUGUGUAUUGCUGCAAACAAUAUCCCAGGCACGUACGCCGCAGCUCUCAACUGGCAACAACUCGGCGCGCCGUUUGCAAAGAUUCCCAGACCUAUCUGGAGUACUUUCUCUUGCAUCAUUUUCACAAUCAUCGCUAUUGCAGGCCGUGACUCGCUCUUCGAUAUUUUCAUUAACUGGCUCAGUUUGAUUGGGUAUUGGACCAUUAUCUGGAUCACCAUGACGGUGCAAGAUGAAUACAUCUUCCGCAAAGGCUCAUUUGAUUGGGAAAUCUGGAAUCGAAAAGAUCUUUUGCCUCACGGGUUUGCGGCUUUGUUUUCCAUGGUAGGGGGGUGGGUAGGCGCUGUGUUGUUCGCUGCUAUUCUGCACACUGUCGCGAGUGCUGCACCGACAGCGUCACAGUUCCAACCACGUCAAGCGACUACUGCUAGCGAGCGACUUGGUCUGACAUGGUUGGGCGGUAACAGUACUCUGCCCAAGGUUCUCGUCCUAUUCACAGGAGGAACUAUCGCAGGAGGAUCGAUAUACGGCGCCCUAGACGACACUUUAUAUGGCCAGCUUCGCCAAACGGGAGAGGAUAUAAUCGCCCGCAACCCAUACCUCCUCAACAACACCCAAUUAGCCAUAUCGAACUGGACCACGGAAGACGAUGGCUCAACAGGGACGAACGAUGCUCUAGUCAUGAACAUGACUCGUUUCGCGCAUGAUGCGCUAUGCUCGGAAGACAGCGACAUCGUCGGCGCGGUAUAUACCCACGGCACCAACUCCCUCGAGGAGACGGCUUUCCUCAUGGACUCGCUAGUCAACUGCGGAAAGCCCAUCGUCGGCACUGGAAGCAUGCGUCCGUUCACCCACUUAUCCUGGGACGGAGAAGCCAACUUCUUCGACGCUGUGAUGCUAGCAGCUAAUCCUGAAUCACAUAACAGAGGUCUGAUGGUGGCUUUCAACGCGCGCAUCAUUCCUGGUUACUGGGUCAGUAAGCUGCAUUCGACGAAUCCUGAUGCUUUUGGCCCUACCUCUGGAGGUGACUUGGGCAUAUUCAUCAACAGUCUACCUAUCUUCUUCAACACACCUUCUCAGCCGUUGUACAAGCACUACUUCGAUAUCGACGCCGUCACCGCUUACCCCACCUACCCGGCACUCCCUAAAGUCGAUAUUCUCUACGCAGCCCGCGAGUUCGACGGGAAAUUGGUAUUAGACGCGCACGCAAAUGGUGCUGAAGGUGUUGUCGUUGCUGGUACUGGCAACGGCGGCCUGCCAAGUUGUCAAAGAGAUAUUGCUGAAGCGCUGGCAAGUGGCCUCCAGAUCGUCGUUGGGACUCGCAGUUCUUUUGGACCGUCUAGUCCAGAUCUGACACCUUCAUAUGCAAAGGCAGGUUUCCUGCAUCCUAUUCAAGCGAGGAUCAUGCUGCAGUUGGCAAUUGCAAGUGGGAUGAAUAUGAAUCAGACAAUUGAGGUAUUUGAGGGGGGGUUUAGAGACGCUAUUGGACUGCCUUGGAGCCCAGGUAGUUGA